UCAGCAUGCAGCGCUACCUUGCAUAAUUGGUUUCAAGAUGGCCCUUGUGGAGACUCUACCGCAAGCUCACUGGCAGACCCCCUCAAAGUGCUCUCCUGUGUUCUGAGAUUCGCUAGCAAGCUACUUCAUUCCGAUCCGGAAGCUUGGAAAAAUGUCUGCCGUGGACGAAGACGUUGACAUGGAUGCUCCCCAAAUCUCCACUCUACACGAGGAGAAUACCCCUCCGCCAACGCGAACGUCGAAGUUUAGGGUGAAGCUGUUGGUUGGCGAGAAGAAGAAUAAAGGGAAGGGUUCACCUCCUAGCGUAUCAGUAGCUGCACGCAAGGGCGCACAAUCUGGACCGACCCCAGUUGCAAGCGACGAAGAUGUCGAAGAAGAGGAUGAGGAAGACCAAUUAAUUUACGAUGACGACGGACCGGCAACGUCUACUGUUGCUACCACUAAUACUACUGUCGGAACAAAGCGAAAGGCGCCUGCUAAAAAACCGCGGCCACGCAAGAGUGAAAAACAAGACAAGGACGCUGACAAGACUGAACCCCAAGAGCGCGGUGAACAGCCCGAAGAACCAGCUCCAAGCGUGGCCGUUGUGGAGAAGGCACCCAAGAAGAAAGCUGCAGCUCGCAAAGCCCCCGCAGCUUCCAGAGCGAAAGGCAAAGCAACCAAAGUGUCAACAACCUUGACAAUCCCUCCUGUGGAUGAUACCGCAAUGAGUGAAACUCAUACUAUGACAGCGCCUUCAUCACCACUGCCGAUGGAAGGACAAGAAACUGGUCCUUCUCCAGAUGCGGGAGAGGCUGAACAGCCGCAACCCCCAACUCCCGAAGGACCUGCGGAGAUAUCUCCACUUCCAGUCUAUCCCCUUCCUUCGAAGCCAUUCCCAGUUCAGCCGCCACCCAAAAUCGGUACAGGCUUUGCAUCCACACUACCCCUAGAUCGUAGCGGAAUCAAAGCACGCCGGUGGAGAGUUGCCAAUCGUGAAAUUAGGGGUAUAGCAGGGGGCCGCUGGUUUGCACGUUCGUGGGUCGGUGACAAGGAAUCCGAGCUCGCGACGGCGGCGGCAGCUGCCAAGCACGCUGAAGGAGACAAGAUUGCGGUUCCAAAGGCUGUGACCUCGAUUUCCGCGCCCGGGGGGAAGUCAGGAAGGGCCAAAGCACCUCGCGGUUCGGCAGGUAUAUCUGCAGCACCCUCACGUUCUGAGUCUAUAGUUCCGGAUCUGCACCCUACCAAAGCUCCGACCAAGAUGCGGAAUGUAGUAGCUGGUCCAGCUUCAGAGGCCGGUCACGAAUCGGACGCCACAACUGCGCCUGAAUCUGCCAUUCAUCUCAUGGAAUCUUAGCCAUCUUGACUAUUUCGUUGGUAUUUUGGUUGUGCUGACAUUAUUUAACUUACCGUUACUUGGACUGUGCUUCAUCGUCUAAUCUCCCUUUAAAGAGGUUUUGUUCAAGGUUUAUUUUGUGAACACGUCAUUACCCUCCGCGCAGGGGUGAAAUACCAAAUUGAGUGACGUGCAGUAUGGAGGGCU